GGGCCAUGCUGGCCGUGAGCCAACCUGUGAAGUGCACGGACCAUGGAGAAAACCUGUCUGUGACCUGACGCAAGUUCUGGACCUCCCUGUCUCACGCGCAUGGAGGAUGCAUCGCCAGUGCUGACGGGUGACCACGGGGCUUCCAGAUGAGCUGUGUGGGAGACAGCCCUCCCCUUUCCUCCUCUCCAUCCCACGGGUGCCCUGCCCUGGAUCCCACCCGUGGCCCCGAGCUGCCCGACCUCCCUCCAGUGCCACCGCUGUGCCGGCCCUGGACCUGAGCACACGACUUGGUGUCACAGCAGCAGCCUGGUGGGUGACCAGGACAGUUCCUAGUCAGAAAGACCCCUGUGCUGUGCCUUCCUGUUCCCAGGGCUGCCGAGCAGUGAGGGCGUGGUGGCACCGUUGUGGUGCCCGCCCGCUGGCUUCACAGCUGGGCUGGAGACAGCUCGGGUGAACCUGGGCAGAUGGUUUCUCAAGGACGUCUUCGGGGUUGGGAGGGAGCAGACGUGCAGAGGUUCUGUUCACACUUGGGAUUCUGAGGUGUCGUGCAGACACGUGAGGCCAGCAGGGGACGAGGACCAUCCCCCAAACCAGUGCAGAUGUCCACGCCCAGAACGUGCGAGACCUUGGGAAGCUGUCGGUCUUCCAUUUGUCACCUGUAGGACGGGAUGUUGUCGCCCUGUGGCCUGGUGGCUGUUGUAAAAGCCCCGUUCAGCCCUCCACGGCUGCUCACCCCGAGGCGGUAUCCCCGGCUUCAUCCCCACGCCUCCCUCCGCCUCCCUCCGAGAGCCACAUCCUUGCCUGUUGCCAUGGCUACGGCGGUGCUGAAAAGGACUGAGCUAGCUUGAACAAACCAGGGCACCCAGCUACGCUUACAGCACAGAUACGCUCCGGAUGAUUUCCUGAUGUGUGUUCCAGACACCGCAGGGCUCACCAUUAAGCAUGAGUGCGUCUGCCACGCGGGAUUGCAGGGGACGACGUAUUGAUGCUGAAGGAUAAUUUGCAGUUUCCGAAUCCAAGGAAACCCUGUGCUUGUGUAAAGAACGAACAGGAAGCGCCCGCCCACAGUUCCUGGUGGUGCUAGGGCAGGGUCUCGGGUCUCUGUGCUGAGCCCAUUUCUCCCCCAUGGGAGAGAAGGACCUGCUGCUCAUACGGCAUCCUCGGAAGCUAAACCUGUUGACGGAAGCAGCUGGGCUCGUGUCAGGAGAGACGGAGCCGUCUCCUGCAGCCCCAGGCUGAGGCUGACGUGGGCAAGCGGCUUGGGAAGAAGCCACUGCAGCGCGGUCUCCUCUCCACGUGUCUGCCCCAAAGAGGGAUCAUGACGAUCGGAGCUGGUGAUGUUGCUGGAGUGGUGGUCCGGCACGGAGUGUACCAUCUACACCGACCCGCAGGCCUACCCCCUGUACGGAAAGGAGAACGCCAUCGUGGUUCUGAACCACAAGUUCGAGAUCGACUUCCUCUGUGGCUGGAGCCUGGCCGAGCGCUUUGGGAUCUUGGGGAACUCCAAGGUGCUGGCCAAGAAGGAGCUGGCGUACGUGCCCAUCGUCGGCUGGAUGUGGUACUUCACGGAGAUGAUCUUCUGCUCGCGCAAGUGGGAGCAGGACCGCAAGACUGUGGCCACCAGCCUGCUGCACCUCCGCGACUACCCUGAGAAGUACCUCUUCCUGAUCCACUGUGAGGGCACGCGGUUCACGGAGAAGAAGCACCAGAUCAGCAUGCAGGUGGCCCGGGCCAAGGGGCUGCCCAGCCUCAAGCAUCACCUGCUGCCCCGCACCAAGGGCUUCGCCGUGACCGUGAGGUGUCUGAGAGACGUAGUUUCAGCUGUAUAUGACUGUACACUCAAUUUCAGAAAUAACGAGAACCCAACCCUGCUGGGAGUCCUAAAUGGAAAGAAAUAUCACGCAGAUUUCUACGUGAGGCGGAUCCCCAUGGCAGAGAUCCCGGAAGACGAGGACCAGUGCUCGGCCUGGCUCCACAAGCUCUACCAGGAGAAGGACGCCUUUCAGGAGGAAUACCACAGGACCGGCAUCUUCCCAGAGACGCCCCGGGUGCCCCCGCGGCGGCCCUGGGCCAUCAUCAACUGGCUCUUCUGGGCCUCCCUGCUGCUCUACCCCUUCUUCCAGUUCGUGGUCAACACGGUCAGCAGCGGCUCGUCCCUGACACUGGCCAGCUUCCUCCUCGUCUUCUUUGUGGCUUCCAUGGGCGUCCGAUGGAUGAUUGGCGUGACGGAAAUCGACAAGGGCUCCGCCUACGGCAACGUGGACAGCAGGCAGAAACAGAAUGACUGACUUGGGCCGCGGUGUGUGCCUAAGGGAACCUUGGGGAACUGGUGGCCGCGGCUCGGGCUCCCUGCAGGCCGCGGGCUCCCCGGCAGGGAGGCGGCUGGCGGCGCCGCACGGGGAGGAGAUGCUCUUAAACCCUUUUCCUCACCA